CCAAUUGCGCAAAUCCCAGUCAGCCAUAAACCAUAAACGGGAAACUCAUCCCCCAACUCUCGUCAACCACCAAAGGGCAGAGAGACAGAGAGAGAGAUAGAAGAAUGGCCAUGGCAAUGGCGCUCCGACGCCUCUCCUCCUCCAUCGAGAAGCCCAUCCGUCCUCUCGUCAAUGGCGGCGGCUCCGUCUGCUACAUGGCGUCCUUGCCCAAUGAAGCCGUCUACGAGAAGGAGAAGUGUAGCGUCACUUGGCCGAAGCAGCUUAACGCUCCGCUCGAGGUCGUUGAUCCCGAGAUUGCUGACAUCAUUGAGCUCGAGAAAGCGAGGCAAUGGAAGGGGCUGGAGCUCAUCCCAUCAGAGAAUUUCACUUCUGCCGCAGUAAUGCAAGCUGUUGGAUCGGUAAUGACAAACAAAUAUAGUGAAGGAUAUCCCGGUGCGAGAUAUUACGGAGGAAAUGAGUAUAUUGACAUGGCCGAAUCCUUAUGCCAGAAGCGUGCUUUGGAAGCAUUUCGGUUGGAUCCUGCCAAGUGGGGAGUUAAUGUGCAGUCUCUAUCUGGGUCUCCUGCCAAUUUCCAAGUAUAUACUGCACUUCUAAAAGCUCAUGAUAGGAUUAUGGCACUCGAUCUUCCUCAUGGUGGACAUCUUUCUCAUGGCUAUCAGACUGAUACUAAGAAAAUAUCUGCAGUGUCCAUAUUUUUCGAGACAAUGCCAUAUAGAUUGAAUGAGAGCACUGGCUACAUUGAUUACGACCAGUUGGAAAAAAGUGCCACACUCUUCAGGCCAAAACUAAUCGUGGCUGGUGCCAGUGCUUAUGCACGUCUAUAUGAUUAUGCUCGUAUUCGUAAGGUAUGUGACAAGCAAAAGGCUAUCCUGUUAGCAGAUAUGGCACAUAUCAGUGGCUUAGUUGCUGCUGGUGUGGUUCCCUCACCCUUUGAAUAUGCUGAUGUUGUUACGACCACGACUCACAAGUCACUUCGUGGUCCACGUGGAGCCAUGAUCUUCUUCAGGAAGGGCGUAAAAGAGAUCAACAAGCAAGGGAAAGAGGUUUUGUAUGACUUUGAAGACAAAAUCAAUCAGGCCGUGUUUCCUGGUCUUCAAGGAGGACCACACAACCACACAAUAGCUGGUUUGGCUGUUGCAUUGAAGCAGGCUACAACUCCAGAAUACAGAGCCUAUCAAGAGCAAGUUCUCAGUAACUGUGCAAAGUUUGCAGAGACUCUCACUGAGAAGGGCUAUCAACUUGUUUCUGGGGGAACUGAAAAUCAUUUGGUUUUAGUGAACAUGAAGAAUAAGGAAAUUGAUGGUUCCAGAGUUGAAAAGGUGAUGGAAUCUGUUCAUAUUGCUGCCAACAAAAACACUGUUCCAGGAGAUGUAUCUGCCAUGGUUCCUGGUGGCAUAAGAAUGGGUACCCCUGCUCUUACUUCGAGAGGAUUUGUCGAAGAGGACUUUGUGAAAGUAGCUGAGUUCUUUGAUGCUGCCGUCGGUUUGGCAGUGAAAAUCAAGGUCGAAACCAAAGGAACAAAGUUGAAGGACUUCCUGGCCACAAUGCAGUCUUCCCAUCACCAAUCGGAGAUUGCUAAACUUCGCCAUGGCGUCGAGGAGUAUGCAAAGCAAUUCCCUACAAUUGGGUUCGAGAAAGCAACAAUGAAGUACAAGAACUGAGGGAGAAAUCACGUGUUGUAAGUAUGGUACUAAAUUGAUUGUCAGGAAGGAGUGCUGCUGCUGAUACAAAUUUCGAUGUUGAGAAAAUCUGUACCUUGAUCUCCCUAUCUAAAACUAAAAAAGAUACUGUAAAGAUGGAAAUUUGAAACUC